AUGCAGCUGAAGCAAAUAGAAAGUGUCUUGGAAAGUGGACGCAGUGAGGGUGUGGAUGCUCUCCGUCAACUCCAGCAAGAUUUGAAGGAUAUCAUUGAGCUAACACAAGGGAGUCUCCUUUCUCUGAGGAAGAGCAAUCUAUUGAGUUAUGUUGAUGACAUCACAGGCCCUCCACAAGCUGAGGAACAGACAAACAAUGAGGCUAAAGAUGCCGGUCCACUUGACAUGGAUGAAGAGUUUGCAGCUUUUCAGGCAGAAAUUGCAGCAACAAGUACCUCAUCGUCCAGUUUACCCGUCAGAACUAAGCAGACACCAUACGAAGACGAUGAUGAUGAGGGUGGGAAUCAGGAUAUGAAUGAGUAUGAAGAUAUCUCGGGAACCACGUGCAGCAUUCUGUACAAACCAGACUGGGGUGCGUACCAGAGACACAAUGCUGUGGUUCUCUCCGUAGAGCCAUCUUCCCCUGGUGAUGAUGAGAUCAAGUUGCGUGUUCUGUUCUGCAACCCUACAAACGCCUCGAUGAAACCCUGUCCGUACUACUUCAAAGGAGAGUGUCGUUUCUCAGAAGAGGAUUGCAAGUUUUCUCAUGGUUAUAUUGUCAAUGCAUCUGAACUUCAAGCAUUCCAAGAAAUAGAUCUCAGCCAGCUGUCAAUAGAGGGCAGGUGUCUUGCCAAGUACAGUGAUGAUAUUUGGUAUCCCGCCAGUAUCACUGACAUUGACAAGGACACCAAAAAUGUCACUGUUUGCUUUGAAUCCUAUGGAGACUCAAUCACAGUCGGGGCUGAAAAUGUGUUACCAAUUGGAUCGCAGACAACUUACGAUGAGGAGGAGGAAGAGGAAGACGACAACCAGAGCAUGGACAGCGAUGGCGACAUGCCAUCAACAUCAGCGAGUAUGAGUCGUCUUGGGGACAAUGAGGAGGAGGAGGAGGAUGCGGUACCAGACAUUCUGUGGAAACCUUCGGGUCCAUCUUGUAAGCUUGGAGAAUGGGAGACGCAUACCAGGGGCAUUGCAUCAAAGCUCAUGGCUAUGAUGGGCUAUGAGAUAGGGAAAGGUCUUGGCAAGAAUGGAGAAGGGAGAACAGAACCAGUUGAAGCUGUGAUUGUACCUGCAGGAAAGUCCUUGGACACUUGCAUGAAAUUGAGAGAGAUGAAGAAACUUGGGAUUGUGGGUAAAAAGAAGAAGAAGAGAGGCAAAGGAAAGAAUAACAAGAAGAAAAAUGGUGGCGGUAACAGCAAGUUGACCAAGUUAAAAAAGCCCAAAGAUGUCUUUGAGUUUAUCAAUACACAUCUCGGUGCAAAGAAAAUAAAGGUCAACGAACUGUUAGCAGACAAUACAGUACUGGUGAAGACCAAUCGGGUGCACAGAGAAGAGAGUCAAGGAGAGAGGAAAGCUAAUACAAGACAAUUGAAUGUCCAGCUUCUAAAAACGCAAGAAGAAACAAGAGCGACAGAGAAGAGACUCACCCAGCUUAGACAGUCAUUAGUGAGAAAUCAAAGGGAUAAGACAUCAUGUGCGGCUAUACAGCUCAAGAUCCAAAGAGCGGAGGACUAUCUUGCCACCUUGAAAUCAUCGCAAAGAAAACUAGAAAGACAGAAAACUAGCCGGGAUGAUCACAAAAAGUUAACAAUAUUUUGACCAAUGCUUCGAUGCUGGACAACAAUGUACUGCCAUCCCCUUUCUAGUGUUUGACUUGAGGAAUUUCAUCGAUCUUGCCACCUUGAAAUCAUCGCAAAGAAAACUAGAAAGGCAGAAAACCAGCCGGGAUGAUCACAAAAAGUUAACAAUAUUUUGACCCAUGCAUCACUACUGGACAACAAUAUACCCCUUUCUAGUCUGUUUGACUUGAGGAAUUUCAUUCAUUCGCCUGACCAUCAGUGCAGCAUGCGUAAUGCACAUAGAGAUGUUGUGGAUCAGUGGAUAUUUCCAUGGGCUUUGAACUAUAAGGUCAGAGGUUCAAAUCUCAGCUUCCUAGUGCAAGACAUUAAUCUGGAUUUACUACUAUCCUCCAUGGUGCUGUAGGAGUACCCGAAAUGAUGCAAAACUCAUUGUACUUUGCCCAGGAUUGUGAGUGCCUCACUUUACAGCUGGCCUGGAAUGAUUGGUGUACUCACAAAGACUGUUUGAAUCUGAUGACCGGAAUAGAUGCACCUUGUAUGGAUAGGCUAUUUAUAAGUAAAUGGAUCAUUAUUAUUGCUAUUAUGAUAAACUUAGCAACUAGGAAACUUACAGCUCUCUGGUCCUCUCUCCGAAGGACUUGAUUAUUUUCAAUAUUAAAUUAUGAGAUCAUGCUAUUUUA